AUGUCGUGGUCUGGAUUCAAGAAAAAUGUCAACCGCGCUACGACGCAGGUUAUGAUGAAGACGGGUUCGCUGCCCUUGAACCCCGCAAUUGGACGAUAUCGAACAAUGGAGGCGUCUGUCAAUCGCUUACAGAAGGAGGCAAAGGGGUAUCUUGAUUCUUUACGAGCUAUGACUGCAUCUCAAAUGCGAAUUGCGGAAACGAUCGAUGCCUUUUACGGAGAUGCCGGGACGAGAGACGGCGUGAGUCGCAGCUACAAGCAAGCGGUGGAGGAUUUGGACGCGGAGACAAUCAAAGCUUUGGAUGGGCCGUAUCGAACAACGGUCCUCGAACCCAUCUCCCGUUUCUGCGCCUACUUCCCGGAUAUCAACGAAUGCAUCAAAAAACGCAACCAUAAACUCAUCGACUACGACGCAAUGCGCGCCAAAGUGAAAAAGCUAGUCGAAAAGCCCGACAAGGACGCCACAAAGCUGCCGCGCGCCGAGCGCGAAACCGAAAUGGCCAAACAGGCCUAUGAACAACUCAACGAGCAACUCUUCAACGAACUGCCGCAGCUGAUUGACCUGCGUGUGCCCUACUUGGACCCCAGCUUUGAGGCGUUGGUGAAGAUUCAAUUGCGGUUCUGCGCCGAGGCGUAUUCGCGUAUGGCGCAGGUGCAGCAGUAUUUGGAUGCGGAUACGAGGGAGCAGUAUGCUAAUGGCGAUUUGGAUAAUCGUGUGGAGCAGGUGUUGCAGGAGAUUAGGGAUUUGAGUAUUGCGGGGACUGUUUGA